AUAAUUAUUAUUUUGAUGUUAUUUGUUUCUAUUCUAUUUGUUUUAGGCGUCGCGUGGGCGAUUAUUAGUUAAUCUUAUUGAGGCAAAAGAAAGCACAGACAUGGAGAAAGAAAUUCCAUUACCGGAAAUACCACAACUGCCCAGACAAAAUAGAUGCCAAUCCUCUGCUUCGUCCAGCUCUUCAAGUUCAUCUAAUUCAUCUAGUUCAUCUAGUUCAUCUAGUUCAUCUAGUUCAUCAAGCGAAGACGAAACGGAGUUUGAAAACAGAAGCACUCAAAUUUCCUCAUUACAGGCUUCUACUAGCAAACCACCUUUAUUUGAUCCCGAAGAAGAAUGUGAUGAUUCUGACAGAGAUCGCGAUUACGUACCUGAUACAGAAGGCAAUAGUUCUAGUGAAAACGAAUCGUCACCGCAUACAACUACAGUACUCAACGAAAGAACGACAGUUUCUAAUACUCCUGAAAAAAAGGGAGGAAGCGGUCCAGGAGAGAGGAUAAAUGGAGACGAAACAUUUUGA